CUCAUUCGCACGGUCGCCCUCAUCCCAGUCACUUCAGGGAUAAACGCGAGUCCGAAAGCCACCACACUUUCGCUGUUUUUCCGUGGAACGCGGCUCCAUCCGCGAAUUAAUCUUGACACAUGCGUGUAAAACGGUGCGAUAGAAAUUUCGAAAUUUGGGUACUGUGAAAGCAGUUAAGAAAAGACCGUCUGUAGUUUAUCAGGAAUUACGGCGGUUCAGAGGAUUGAAAAAAAAAAAUUAAUUAUCUUGCGGGCUCUAACGCUUGAGGCAGGACAUCUGAGAAGAUUUUCUGAUUUUAAUUGAACUACUGUUGCAGCUAAGAUGAACCUUGAGGAGUAUCGGAAACAUGGCAAGGAAAUGGUGGAUUAUAUAGCGGACUAUCUCGAGACAAUAAGAUCAAGACGAGUGUAUCCAGCUGUGUCGCCCGGCUACCUCAGGCAUAUUCUGCCAGUGUCAGCGCCAGUGGAUGGAGAACCGUGGGAGAAUAUUUUCGAGGACAUCGAGAGGUGCAUCAUGCCAGGUGUCACACACUGGCAGAGUCCCCAUAUGCAUGCUUAUUUUCCAGCCCUCAAUUCACCUGCCAGUCUUCUUGCUGAUAUGCUGGCUGACGCGAUUAAUUGUCUUGGAUUUACCUGGGCAUCGAGUCCAGCUUGCACAGAACUUGAAACAAUUGUCAUGAAUUGGCUUGGAGAAAUGAUUGGUCUACCCGAGGAUUUUUUACAUCGUCCCGGGGGAUCUGGAGGCGGUGUGAUUCAGACAACAGCCAGUGAGGCAACACUGGUGUGUCUCCUGGCAGCGAGAACAAGAACUAUCAGGGCGAUACAAGAGAGCGAGCCUGAUCGAUCACCGGCGGAAAUAAAUUCCCGGCUCGUUGCCUAUUGUUCGGAUCAGGCGCAUUCGAGUGUUGAAAAGGCAGGGCUGAUUGGGUUGGUGCAGAUAUGGUAUAUCGAAGCUGAUGAGGAACUCAGUAUGCGCGGAGAUAUGCUCUUGGAGGCAGUCGAAAGAGAUCGAAAAGCUGGCCUUAUACCGUUUUUCGUGUGUGCGACCCUGGGAACGACAGGUGCUUGCUCAUUCGAUAACCUCGAAGAAAUCGGUCCUAUUUGUGAACGGAAUUGCCUAUGGCUACACAUCGAUGCAGCAUAUGCAGGCAGUGCGUUUGUCUGCCCCGAAUUUCGUGGUUGGCUACGCGGUAUCGAGUACGCGGAUUCAAUCGCCUUCAAUCCAAGCAAGUGGUUGAUGGUUCACUUCGACUGUACAGCCAUGUGGGUGAAAAGCAGCCAGGCACUUCAUAGGACAUUUAAUGUUGAUCCAUUGUACUUGAAGCAUGAGAAUUCAGGUCUUGCCAUUGACUACAUGCACUGGCAAAUUCCCUUAUCCAAGAGAUUCAGAGCUCUCAAGCUGUGGUUUGUUAUCAGGAACUAUGGAAUAACGGGCCUUCAAAAGCAUAUACGUGAGGGAGUUCGUUUAGCUAAAAAAUUCGAAGCUCUCGUCCUCGGUGAUUCGCGAUUCGAAAUUCCUGCCAAGAGACAUUUGGGAAUGGUGGUCUUUCGACUUCGCGGAGAGAAUACGUUGACUGAAAAGUUGUUAAAAAAGAUGAACACCAGGGGAAAGGUGCAUUGUGUGCCUGCCGCUCUGCACGGAAAAUAUGUUAUCAGAUUCACCGUCACUUCCACAAACACUACCAAUGAAGACAUUCUCCGAGACUGGGGUGAAAUAAAAAAUACAGCUACUGAAAUUUUAGCAGCGAUAACGGGAUCGCCAGCGAGAGUCAGGGUAUCGUUAGCAGAAACACGGAAGAAAAACGAGGACUUUGGGUCUAGUCUACUCCUGGCCAAUUCGCCAAUGUCUCCAAAAAUUGUCAAUGGAAGUUUUGCUGCGAUUUAUGAUACAGCUGAUGUUUUCAAUGACUGCAUGAAGAAAUUCGAUCAAUUGCGCCUGAAGCCGAGCAAUAGCCCAGCAAUGAGGCGACGCAUCAGAGGCAUUUUAAUGUCGGGCAAGCAGUUCUCAUUGGACUCCCGAAUGGAUCUAGUCCAAGGAUAUGCGUUAUGUGGACGUUACAACACCGAGCCGACAAAAAAUUCACCUCUCAUGGAAGUUGAAGAUGCCAACGGGAAGACCGAAUCAACAUUAAGCAUCGAUAAGUCCAGUAUGACAAUAGACGGCUCUUACGAUAAUUCAUCAUCGAGAUCAAGCUCGGAGUACUCAGUUGAUGAUAGUCCAUUAGUCGAUAACAGGAGGGGUCUGGUGCAAGAGGUGAAUGGAACUGUCGGUAAUGAUGAAUUUAACCUGGAUAAGGAAUUACCGAGGAGUGAAACUAUCGGUGGAUUUAGCAAUUUAACACCAACAAUCAUCACCAAUUUCUCUCAUUCUGAUAAUGAGAUACGUAAAGUUAAUGGAAAUAUCUGUGGCAAGUGUGGACACAUUAAGGAGCCGUAGACAUCCUUGGAAUGAUAAUCAAAAUUAAAGCCAAAACUUAAAGUAACGAACAACCAUUAGAUUUCAAACUAAUGCAAACUAAUUAAUAAGGAUAAGUCAGUGAAUCAAACUCUCUUGAAAAAUAAUAAAUCAAUUCAACUGUUGUCGAAGAAUGAAAAAUAAAUUCCCUGAGUAAUUUCACAUUGUUUUUAAUGUUCAAGUAAUCAAUAAAAUGGACAAACGUCCACUAUCUGUUUACCAUUUUCCAUUUCCAUUAUAACUCAUUAUUUUCAUCAACUGAAAACAGAAAACGAGUCAGUGGAUAACUAAGUCCUUUAAAAAAUUAGGAAUAGACUCAAUUGUUAUCGAAGAAUAAACUAAAAAAUUAUUGAAUAAGUUA